AGGAUGAAGUGACUCUCCAGCUGCAUUUGAGACCCUAUAGGACCUGCUAAGAGAGUUUGGGACCAAGGAGCGGAGAAUGGAUCUUGGAACAGCUGAAGGCACCCGGUGCACAGACCCACCUGCAGGCAAGCCCGCAAUGGCGGCCAAGCGCAAAGGCGGCCUAAAGCUCAAUGCCAUCUGUGCCAAGCUGAGCCGCCAGGUGGUGGUGGAGAAGGGAGCUGAGGCCAGCUCCCAGGCUGAGGGGAGCCCACUGCAGCCCAGGGACAAAGAGCGUAGUGGCCCUGAGUCUGGGGUGGCCCGGGCCCCCCGCAGCGAAGAAGACAAGAGGCGGGCUGUGAUCGAGAAGUGGGUCAACGGGGAGUACAGUGAGGAGCUGGCGCCCACACCUGUGUUGGGGCGCGUCACCCGCGAAGGCCUGGAUCUGCCGCCUGAGGGAGUCUACAUGGUUCAGCCCCAGGGAUGCAGCGAUGAGGAAGACCAUGCAGAAGAGCCCUCUAAGGGUAGCAGCAUCCUGGAGGAUAAGGACUCAGAUGGGACAGCCUCAAAAGAUGACAGUGGUCCCAGUGCCAAGCAGACCUCAGGCGAGGCCUCCUCUCUGCGGGACUAUGCGGCCUCUACCAUGACGGAGUUCCUUGGUAUGUUUGGCUACGAUGACCAGAACACAAGGGACGAACUGGCCAGGAAGAUCAGCUUCGAGAAGCUACAUGCAGGUUCCACCCCUGAGGCAGCUGCCUCCUCCAUGUUGCCCUCCUCUGAGGACAGCCUCAGCAAGAGAGCACGCUUCUCCAAGUAUGAGGAGUACAUCCGAAAGCUGAAGGCUGGCGAGCAGCUCUCCUGGCCAGCCCAUGGCAUCAAGGCCGAUGACCGAGUGGGCAAAGAGGUGGUGGGCCCCCUGCCUGCCCUGAGGCUUCCCAGUAACACCGCCCAUCUGGAGACCAAGGCCACCAUCUUGCCUUUGCCAUCACACAGCAGCGUCCAGAUGCAGAACUUGGUGGCCCGUGCUUCCAAGUAUGAUUUCUUUAUCCAGAAAUUGAAGACGGGAGAGAAUCUGCGGCCCCAGAACGGGAGCACCUACAAGAAGCCAUCUAAGUACGACCUGGAGAACGUCAAAUACCUACACCUCUUCAAACCUGGGGAGGGCAGCCCCGACAUGGGAGGGGCCAUCGCCUUCAAGACAGGCAAAGUGGGGCGUCCCUCCAAGUAUGACGUCCGGGGCAUCCAGAAGCCGGGCCCCACCAAGGUUCCACCCACCCCCAACCUGGCUCCUGCACCCCUCACCAAUGUGCCCAGUGCUCCCAGCGCCCCUGGGCCGGGGCCAGAGCCACCUUCCUCUCUGUCCUUCAACACUCCUGAGUACCUGAAGUCAACCUUCUCCAAAACAGACUCCAUCACCACGGGGACAGUCUCCACUGUCAAGAAUGGAUUGCCCACAGAUAAACCAGCUGUCACUGAAGAUGUAAACAUUUACCAGAAAUAUAUUGCCAGGUUCUCAGGCAGUCAGCACUGUGGUCACAUCCACUGCGCCUAUCAGUACCGGGAGCACUACCACUGCCUGGACCCCGAGUGCAACUACCAGAGGUUCACAAGUAAGCAGGACGUGAUCCGACAUUACAACAUGCACAAGAAGCGGGACAACUCCCUGCAGCAUGGCUUCAUGCGCUUCAGCCCGCUGGAUGACUGCAGUGUCUACUACCAUGGCUGCCACCUCAACGGGAAGAGCACCCACUACCACUGCAUGCAGGUGGGCUGUAACAAGGUGUACACGAGCACCUCUGACGUGAUGACCCAUGAGAACUUCCACAAGAAGAACACUCAGCUCAUCAAUGAUGGCUUCCAGCGUUUCCGAGCCACCGAGGACUGUGGUACUGCCGACUGCCAGUUCUACGGACAGAAGACCACGCACUUCCACUGCAGGCGCCCUGGCUGCACGUUCACCUUCAAGAACAAGUGUGACAUUGAGAAGCACAAGAGCUACCACAUCAAGGAUGAUGCCUAUGCCAAGGAUGGCUUUAAGAAGUUCUACAAGUACGAAGAGUGCAAGUACGAGGGCUGUGUGUACAGCAAGGCCACCAACCACUUCCACUGCAUCCGCGCAGGCUGCGGCUUCACCUUCACCUCCACCAGCCAGAUGACCUCACACAAGCGCAAGCACGAGCGCCGUCACAUCCGCUCCUCGGGCACACUGGGGCUGCCAGCCUCACUCCUAGGCGCCAAGGACACAGAGCAUGAGGAGUCCAGCAACGACGAUCUUGUUGACUUCUCUGCACUGAGCAGCAAGAACUCCAGCCUGAGCGCCUCCCCGACCAGCCAGCAGUCCUCUGCAUCCCUGGCUGCCGCCGCCACUGCCACCACUGAGGCUGUGCCCAGUACCGCCAAGCCUCCCAACAGCAAGAUUGCUGGGCUGCUGCCCCAGGGCCUACCUGGCUCCAUACCCCUGGCAUUGGCCCUCUCCAACUCAGGCCUGCCCACCGCUGCACCCUACUUCCCCCUCCUUCCUGGCCGGGGGAGCACCUCGCUGCCUGUGGGUGCCCCAGGCCUCCUGGGUGCCAUGUCAUCUGGGGCAGCAGCCUCAGCAACCCCCGACACGCCAGCUCUGGUGGCCUCAGGAGUUGGAGACUCUGCCCCAGUGGCUGCCACCUCUGUCCCCGUAUCCCCUGCCUCCAUCAUGGAGAGGAUCUCUGCAAGCAAAGGCCUCAUCUCGCCCAUGAUGGCCAGACUGGCUGCAGCUGCCCUCAAGCCCUCUGCCACCUUUGAUGCAGGAAGCGGGCAGCAGGUCACCCCUGCCAGGUUCCCCCAGGCCCAGGUGAAGCAGGAGCCCGGUGAGAGCGUUGGCACCCCAGGCCCCCACGAGGCCUCCCAAGACCGCAGUCUAGACCUGACUGUGAAGGAGCCCAGUAAUGAAUCAAACGGCCACGCAGUCCCGGCAAAUUCAUCUCUUUUAUCCUCGCUUAUGAAUAAGAUGUCUCAGGGCAACCCCAGCCUUGGCAGCCUGCUGAGCAUCAAGGCGGAAGCGGAGGGGAGCCCCGCCACUGAGCCCUCUCCCUUCUUGGGCAAGGCAGUGAAGACGCUGGUUCAGGAGAAGCUGUCAGAGCCCUGGAAGGUGUAUCUCCGAAGGUUUGGUACCAAGGACUUCUGUGACGCCCAGUGUGACUUCCUCCACAAGGCCCAUUUCCACUGCGUGGUGGAGGAGUGCGGUGCACUCUUCAGCACCCUGGACGGGGCCAUCAAGCACGCAAACUUCCACUUCCGGACAGAGGGAGGAGCAGUGAAAGGAACCACAGAGGCUUCCUUCCCAGCCUCUGCUGUGGAGACCAAACCUCCCUUGGCACCCUCGUCCCCUCCAGCACUUCCUGGCACCACGGUCCCGGGGGCCUCUCUGGAGGGGCCCACUCCUAGCCUGGCCUCGGUGCCCUCCACCCCUACCCUGCUCGCCUGGAAGCAGCUGGCUUCCACCAUAACCCAGGUGCCUCAGAUUCCCACGCCAGUGCCUCACCUGCCCGCUUCACCCCUGGCGACGACGUCUCUAGAGAGCGCCAAGCCCCAGGUCAAACCCGGGUUCCUCCAGUUCCAGGACAACGAUCCUUGCCUCACCACGGACUGCAAGUACGCCAACAAGUUCCACUUCCAUUGUCUCUUCGGGAACUGCAAGUAUGUCUGCAAGACUUCUGGCAAGGCUGAGUCCCACUGUCUGGACCACAUCAACCCCAACAACAGCCUGGUGAAUGUGCGAGACCAGUUUGCUUACUACUCCCUGCAGUGUCUCUGUCCCAACCAGCAUUGUGAGUUCCGGAUGCGUGGGCACUACCACUGCCUCCGGACCGGCUGCUACUUCGUGACCAACAUCACCACCAAGCUGCCGUGGCACAUAAAGAAGCAUGAGAAAGCCGAGCGGCGGGCAGCCAACGGAUUCAAAUACUUCACCAAACGCGAGGAGUGCGGCAGGCUAGGCUGCAAGUACAACCAGGUGAACAGCCACUUCCACUGCAUCCGAGAAGGCUGCCAGUUCUCCUUCCUCCUCAAGCACCAGAUGACCUCCCACGCCCGGAAGCACAUGCGGAGGGUGCUGGGGAAGAACUUCGAUCGCGUGCCCCCCUCCCAGGGCCCCCCAAGCCUGAUGGACGCUGAGACAGAUGAGGGCAUGGAUUAUACCGGCUGCAGCCCUGGUGCUGCAUCCUCCGAAUCAUCCACCAUGGAUCGAAGCUGCUCCAGCACCCCUGUGGGCAAUGAGAGCACUGCAGCAGGCUGCCCGGCUCCUCCUCCUCCUCCUCUUCCUCCUCCUGCUGCUGCUGGUGAUGAGGCUGCCCAGGCUGCCUGCGGGGCUCCACAACGCCCCCUGACUCCAUCCUUCCCACCGGCUGUGCUCCGGCCGCCCCUCCCUCCCCUCCCAUGCCUCUUCUCUCCGUCCUGUCUCUCAUACUCUCUGCUCAGUGCCACUCUCGGAGCCAGCCGGGGCCUGGCCCACCCCAUCAGCAGCCCGCCCAGCUUCCCGCCUGUCACUGCCACUCCAACUCCAGUAAAAAGUGACGUCCCUCUAGUUCAGGACGCCGCAGGGAACACCAUCUCCAUGCCCACAGCCUCAGGGGCCAAAAAGCGCUUCUGGAUCAUCGAGGACAUGUCGCCCUUUGGAAAGCGGCGGAAGACGGCGUCUUCUCGUAAGAUGCUAGAUGAGGGCAUGAUGCUGGAGGGCUUCCGGCGCUUCGACCUCUACGAGGACUGCAAGGACGCGGCCUGUCAGUUCUCGCUCAAGGUCACGCACUACCACUGCACGCGCGAGAACUGCGGCUACAAGUUCUGCGGGCGCACGCACAUGUACAAGCACGCACAGCACCACGACCGCGUGGACAACCUGGUGCUGGACGACUUCAAGCGCUUCAAGGCGUCGCUCAGCUGCCACUUCGCCGACUGCCCCUUCUCGGGCACCAGCACGCACUUCCACUGCCUGCGCUGCCGCUUCCGCUGCACCGACAGCACCAAGGUCACGGCGCACCGCAAGCACCACGGCAAGCAGGACGUGAUCAGCGCCGCGGGCUUCUGCCAGUUCAGCUCGAGCGCCGACUGCGCGGUGCCCGACUGCAAGUACAAGCUCAAGUGCUCGCACUUCCACUGCACCUACCCGGGCUGCCGCCACACGGUGGUGGGCAUGUCGCAGAUGGACUCGCACAAGCGCAAGCACGAGAAGCAGGAGCGCGGCGAGCCGCCCGCCGCCGAGCCCGGCGCGCCGGUCAGCCUGGACGGCUCGCUCACGCUGGCCGCCGAGCCCGGGGCCUCGCUGCUCUUCCUGCAGACGGCCGCCGCCGGCCUGGGCCUGGCGAUCGGCGACGCGGGCGACCCCGGCCCGCCCGCCACCGCCGCCGCCUCCACCGCCGCCGCCGCCGCCGCCGCCGCCAGCACGGCCGGGCCGCACGACAGCCCCGCCACCGCCGCGCCCGCCGCCGCCGCCGCCACCACCACCACCACGGCCGGGGAGUCCUCGCAGGACGACGACGACGAGGAGCUGGAGCUGCCCGAGGAGGGCGAGGACGACGACGAGGACGACGACGAUGAGGACGACGACGACGACGACGACGAGGACGACGACGAGGACGACGAGGAGGAGGACCUGCGCACCGACUCGGAGGAGUCGCUGCCCGAGGCGGAGGCGGGCGCGGGCGCGCGGACCCCGGCACUGGCGACCCUGGGCGGCCCCGGCCCCGCGCCCGCCGCUGCCUCGCCCUAGCCGCCCGCGCGCGCCUC